AUGGAGAUGGGGAGCAGUCAUAUGGGGGACAUGAACAACGGGGGGCGGAAAAGGAAGAACAUGAAAGGUGACUCAAAGGACCACACAGUACCCGAAGGGACAUCAGAAAAGACAAGCAACGAGGAAGGCGAUGAGGCAGGUACCGUGCCAAACGUGGACGGAGCAAAUGGGGACGAUGUCCCGCUGCAGGAUGAAGAACAGGAGGAGCACCCCAGCGGCAAUAAAGAUGAAAAUGGGCUAAAAAAAAAAAAAAAAAAAUUGCGAAAGUUGAAAAAAUACACUGAUGAAAGUGACAGUCAGGAGGAUACACAGCAGGCAGAUAAACAGAAGCAGGCUCAUAAAAUUAGUAAAAAGGAUUUUAUCUUAAAGAGUGGCGCACACAAAAGGGGGGGGGAGGCCCACGAUGAAGAGGAGGAGCAGCAGCUGGAGAAGAAGGAGAACAACCACGAUGGAGAGUCCCCGCCUGAUAAUGCACACGAAACUCCCCCGGGGGGGGAAAUAGGUCAGGCUGGAAAAAUAAGCCAGAAGGAGAUGAAGAGAAAAAAGGACAAGAGAAAGGCCAAAGGGGAAAAGAAGCAUGGCACCAACUCUAACGGGGACUCUAAUGGGAACACUAACGGGAGCACUGAGGCUAAUGCAGGUGCGAACUCCGAUGCGAGCUACUGCGAUGGGGAUCAUCAGGCCGGAAGUAAAGAAGAGGAGGAGGACGACGACUACGGGGGAUUCCACUCCGAUGACCACUUGGGCAGUGAACCAGACGAGGAAGACGAGCUCUCCCAAGGAGACAGCGAGCAGGAAAAGACCAACAAGUCGAGAAGAAAGAAAAAGGCAAGAGGGGGUACCCAAAAGAAGAGCGAACCAAAGGGGGACGAAUCAAAGGUAGAUAAAGACGGAGAUAACGCGGUACAGAUCAGAGAAAAAAAAAAGAAAAUGAAAAACUCCAGGCUGAUGGAGGACAUUAACCCAGAUGAAGACAAACACAAAUUAAAGCUAAUUUGUAUGUCCUUCCAUAAGAAGGAAUACGACAUUGAAGAAUUCAUAUUCGAAAGUUUGAAGGUAAUUAUUCCCCAGUACAAAAGGGAGGUGUUCCUCAACCAACAGAACAUCAUUAUUGAUCGUACCAGCAGGGAGGAUUUGAAGAACCUGGAGAUUUUCUGGUUUGACAGAUUGACAAAGAACAGGCGCCGAAGCAUAAUUAGCUGCUUCACCACGUUGGGUAAGAUGGGCCUUGGGGGGAAAGAAACGAAUGCUCUAGGCGCAUCAGAAAUUGUGAUGAGCGUUCCCGAAAAUGUCAUGAGCGUUCCCGAAAAUGUUAUGAGCGUUCCCGAAAAUGUCAUGAGCGCUCCCGAAUUUGUGAUGAGCAUUCCCGAAAAUGUGAUGAGCGUUCCCGAAAAUGUGAUGAGCGUUUCCGAAAUUAUGAUCAGCGCUCCGGAAAAUGCAACUAGCGCCCCCGAAAAUGCAGAGACCACGGUGAACCCCCUCCUGGAGCAUAUAUUCACCAAGAAGAAGGACCAAAUAAUAGUAGACCACCUCGCUGCGCUCUGCACACAGCAAGUGAAACUAGUCAAGGAGUACAUCUCCUACAUGAGGAAAAACAUAUUUGACCUAUCGUCCAUCUCCGAAAACAACGACAAAAUUAAAGAAUUGAACAUCCUAGAUCCGAUAAAAAGGAGGGAACUGUUCUUUUACCUUAAUUUAUGCAUCUCAAUGAAUUACAUUCAAGAGCAGGCUCCAAAUGUGUACGCUAUCCCAAACGAUCUCUGCCCAGACAUUAGAGGCUUCAAUUUACACCCCAUGUUUUCUCAUAUCAAUAAAAAACAAAAUGAAAAAAAAAGAGAAAAAGGUGGAAAUCCUUGGGAAAAAUUAAAAUUAUUAAAAAAAUCCCAAAAGAUGGAUGUAGCAAAUAAAAGUAGCGACACGAGCAUGCGCAAAACUGAAGUGGUUGCACAAAUGAGUACAAAAAAAAAUGAAGUAAAUGAGAAGGAAUCAGAGGAAGACCGAAAUGAUGAAAAAAAAAAAAACGAUAAACAUAUCGAUGAUAACGAAAUGCUUCAGAAAAAGAUUCUGGAAGAAGAACAAAAAAAAAAAAAAAGCAUUAGAAGAAAUGAAAAAAAAAAAAAAAGAAAAAGAUGA